AUGACAGAAAUGCCCUUCGAGUUGAGCGCCCUCGUGAAAAUCCUCGUGGACGUGCAGCAAAGCAGAGUUCAGGACCGCAUGCCCGGCGGGAGGCUGGCGUCGCGCAACGAAGUUCCGCAAGAGGUCUUGGACGGUGGCGCUUUCUCUUCAUCCUUCUUCAGUCUUUGUGGGCUCUUGUUUGUCGUGUACUUCUCGGGCCCGGCUUAGCAGGAUGUGUUCUUCAAUGAAUAGAAGAUCUGCAGGAUGAACUCGGC